AUGGGGUUUCUUCCCCCGCACUACAGAAGACAAGUCAAAUUACUAAAAUAUACAAUAAAUGUCCUCUCAAAUCAAUCUAACCCGAACUAUCCGGCCUUUAAUCUCCCUCUUUACCAAAAUACAUUUCGGCACUCUCAGGGACAAAUUUUACCAAUACCAAUACAAGCGAAAAAUAUCCUCUCUGAUCUAAACCUAACAAUGAUUACGCAAAAUUCCUACAGCAGUAUUCCAAUUUAUACACAUCCUCCACUGAUAAACCUAGAAUUAACUUCCUGUAGCAAAACAGACACGCCGCCAGAGUUAUUUAAAAUAAAACUACGAACUAUCUUAAGUCAAUAUCCAGACUAUAUAAAGAUCUUCACAGACGGAUCUAAAGAAAGUGGAAAAGUCGGAAGUGCUUUCGUGUGUCCGGAUAAAAACAUUUGCGAAAAACAGCGUCUGAUAGAAUAUAGUUCAAAUUACAGUGCCGAACUUUGUGCUUUAAAAAUGGCGUUGAAAUUUGUCGAAAAUAAUGUCAACAAUAAUUUCCUGAUACUGUCAGACUCUAAAAGUGCUCUUCAAUCCAUAAAAAAUUUAUAUCCUACAAACAGUUACGUAAAAGACAUUCACAAAAUUUUAUAUAAAAUUCAAGAACUGAACAAAAACGUUACAUUCAUUUGGAUUCCAAGUCACAUAGGUAUACUGGGAAAUGAAGAAGCUGAUGCAAAGGCGAAAGAAGCUUCCGAAUUCCAAUUACAAACAGUAGACGACAGUACAGUUUCACCAGAGGAUACCAAACAUUUCAUAAAUACAACCAUUUUCCAAAAGUGGUAUGAGGACUGGGAAAACAUCCAAAACAACAAACUACGAAAAAUACAGCAAACACCAACUUACUGGAAACCAAAAGUGAAGCUAAAUAGAAAACAGCAGGUUAUUAUAUCAAGACUACGACUAGGACAUACAAAACUGACUCACAAACAUAUCUACGAAAAGACACCGCCACCUAACUGUGAUGUUUGUGACAUACCUCUCUCAGUAGAACAUAUAUUGUGCGAGUGUACAAAAUUUAAUAUAGAACGAAUACAGUACGGGAUACCAAGAGACAUUACGAAUGUGUUUGAAAUAGACAUAUUAAAGUUAUUGGGUUAUUUAGAAAAUACAAACCUGUUAGAUGAGAUAUAG